CCCUCGGCCUCACUCCCCCCGCCCAACCAUGCGUCUGCCCCACCACCUCCUGCUGGCCUUGCUCCUGGCAGCAGGGCCCCCAGGCCGGGCCUGGGUCCCCAACGACUGCAGGGCCCCCAGCGAGGCCGCGUGCAAUUUCGUGUGUGACUGCCCAGACUGCUCUGACGAGGCCCAGUGCGGUUACCACGGGGUCUCGCCCGCCCCGGGCGCCCCCUUCGCCUGUGACUUCGAGCGAGACUCCUGCGGCUGGCGGGACAUCAGCACCUCAGGCUACAGGUGGCUGCGAGACCGGGCAGGAGCCACACUGGAGCCUCUGGGGCCGCGCUCAGACCACACUCUCGGCACAGACCUCGGCUGGUACACGGCUGUUGGCACGCACCGCGGGAAAGAGGCGUCCACGGCAGCCCUGCGCUCCCCUGUCCUGCACGACGCCGCCCCCACCUGUGAGCUGAGGCUCUGGCACCACACGGCCACUGGAGAUGUGGCUGAGCUGCGGCUAGAGCUGACCCACAGGGCCGAGACGCUGACCCUGUGGCAGAGCUCUGGGCCCUGGGGCCCAGGCUGGCAGGAGCUGGUGGUGGCCACUGGCCGCAUCCGGGGCGACUUCUGGGUGACCUUCUCUGCCACCCGAAAUGCCACCCACAGGGGCACCGUGGCCUUGGACGACGUGGUCUUCCGGGCCUGUGGGCUGCCCACCCCCCAGGCACGCUGCCCCCUGGGGUACCACCACUGUGGGAACAUGGCCUGCGUGGAGCCCCACCAGCUGUGCGACGGAGAGGACAACUGUGGGGACGGCUCAGAUGAGGACACGCCCACCUGCCGCCGCCACACGGCCACCGACUUCGAGACGGGCCUGGGCCCGUGGAACCGCUCGGAGGGCUGGGCCCGGAACCACAGUGCCGGCCCCAGGCCGCCAGCCUGGCCGCGCCGGGACCACAGCCGCAAUAGCGCGCAGGGCUCCUUCCUGGUCUCCGUGGCCGAGCCCAGCGCCCCCGCUGUCCUCUCCAGCCCCGAGUUCCAAGCCUCAGGCCCCCACCACUGCUCGCUUAUCUUCUACCACUACCUGCACGGGUCUGAGGGUGGCUGCCUCCAGCUGUUCCUGCAGAUUCAGAGCCCAGGCUCCCCUCAGGGCCCCGUCCUGCUGCGCAGGCGCCACGGAGAGCUGGGGGCCGCCUGGGUCCGAGACCGGGUCGACGUCCAGAGCGACCACCCCUUCCGGAUUCUGCUCACUGGGCACACAGGCCCAGGCGGUGUCGUGAGUUUGGAUGACCUCAUCCUGUCGGACCACUGCCAGCCAGUCCCAGAGGUGUCUGGAUCACCUCCUGGGCUCUGGGCCGCAGCCCCCUGGCGCCAGCCGUCCAGCCUGCGGCCCCGGGACUUCUGCGAGCCGGGACAUCUUUCCUGCGGGGACCUGUGCGUCCCCCCAGAGCAGCUCUGUGACUUCCAGCAACAGUGCGAGGGGGGCGAGGAUGAGCAGGACUGUGGCACCACGGACUUUGAGCCCCUCACAGCGGGGGGCUGGGAGGAUGCCAGCGUGGGGCGACUGCAGUGGGGGCGUCUCCUGGCCCAGGAGAGCCGGGGCCCUGGCGCAGGCGCCCGCAGGACUGCUGCUGGGCACUUCCUGUCCCUGCAGAGGGCCUGGGGACAGCUGGCGGCAGAGGCCCGGGUCCUCACACCUCCCCUGGGUCCCUCGGGCCCCCGCUGUGAGCUCCACAUGGCUUACUAUUUCCAGAGUAACCCCCAAGGCUUCCUGGCCCUGGUCGUGGUGGAGGACAGCAACCGUGAGCUGGUGUGGCAAGCCCCGGGCAGCAGCCAGGGCUGGAGGAUGGACAGAGUCCUUCUUGGGGCACGCCGCCGGCCUUUCCGCCUGGAGUUUGUCGGCCUGGUGGAUUUGGACGGCCCUGGCCAGCAGGGCGCUGGAGUGGACGAUGUGACCUUGAAGGACUGCAGCCCCGUGACAGCCACUGAGAAGGACUCAGAGGUCUCCUGUAACUUCGAGCGGGACACGUGCGGCUGGUACACCGGCCACCUCACAGAUGCCCACUGGCGCCGGAUCCAGAGCCACGGCCCCGGGUACGACCACACCACAGGCCGAGCUCAGCCCGGUGUCCCUGCCGCAGGCUACUUCUUGCUUCUGGACCCCACGGAGCCCCCAGCCCGGGGCCCUGGUGCCCACCUGCUCACCCAGCCCCAGGUGCCCACAGCUCCUCAGGAGUGCCUCUCCUUCUGGUAUCACCUCCACGGGCCCCAGAUCGGGACACUGCGCCUGGUGCUGAGGCGGGAAGGAGAGGCAGACACGCUCCUGUGGUCACGGACCGGCACCCAUGGCAACCACUGGCACGAGGCCUGGGCCACCCUCCACCACCAGCCGGGCUCUGGCACCAAGUACCAACUGCUGUUCGAGGGCUCCCGGGACGGCUACCACGGCACGAUGGGCCUGGACGACGUGGCCCUGCGACCCGGGCCCUGCUGGGCCCCCAGGCGGUGCUCCUUUGAGGACUCAGCCUGUGGCUUCUCCAGCGGGGGCCAAGGCCUCUGGACGCGCCAGCCCAAUGCCACGGGCCACGCCGCCUGGGGCCCCCGCGCUGACCACACCACGGGGACGGCUCAAGGGCACUACAUGAUGGUGGACACGAGCCCCCGGGCCCUGCCCCCCGGCCACGUGGCCUCCCUGACCUCAGAGGAGCACCAGCCUCUGGCCCGGCCUGCCUGCCUGACCUUCUGGUACCACCUGAGCCUCAGAAACCCAGGCACCCUGCAGGUCCACGUGGGGGAGGCCGAGAGGCAGCAGGUGCUCAGCAUCAGUGCCCACGGAGGGUCCGCCUGGCGCCUGGGGAGUGUGGACGUGCAGGCCGAGAGGGCCUGGAGGGUGGUGUUCGAGGCGGUAGCCGCCGGCGUGGAGCACUCCUAUAUCGCGCUGGACGACCUGCUCCUCCAGGACGGGCCCUGCCCUCGGCCAGCUUCCUGUGACUUUGAGGCUGGCCUGUGUGGCUGGAGUCAUCUGGCCUGGCCUGGCCUGGGAGGGUACAGCUGGGACUGGAGCAGUGGGGCCGCACCUUCCCGCUACCCCCAGCCCCUGGUGGAUCACACUCUGGGCACAGAGACAGGACACUUCGUGCUCUUUGAAACCCACGUGCUGGGCCCGGGGGGCCAGGCAGCCUGGCUGCACAGCCAGCCUCUGCCCGCCACCGAGGCCUCCUGCCUCCGCUUCUGGUACCACAUGGGCUUCCCGGAGCACUUCUACAAGGGCCAGCUGCGGGUGCUCCUGAACAGCGCCCGGGGCCAGCUGGCCGUGUGGAGCAUGGGCGGGCGCCUGCGGCACCAGUGGCUGCUGGGCCAGGUGGAGGUGGCCAGCGCAGAGGAGUUCCAGAUCGUGUUUGAAGCCACUCUAAGCGGCCAGCCAGCCGUGGGGCCCAUCGCCCUGGACGACGUCGAGUAUCUGGACGGACGGCACUGCCAGCUGCCUGCACCCGGCCGGGGGGACACGGUAGUGGCCACAUCGGUGCCAGCCGCGGUCGGCGGUGCCCUCGUCGUCCUUGUCCUCCUCGUCCUGCUAGGACUGGCGGGACGACGCUGGCUGCAGAAGGGGGGCUGCCCGUCGCAGGGCGAGACAGCGGCUGUGGCCCCCGGCUUUGACAACAUCGUCUUCAAUGCGGACGGUGUCACUCUGCCGGCCUCACUCACCGACAGCCAGUAGAUGACGCAGAGAAGACUCUGGCUCCUCACGAGACGGUCGCCCCCCACCCCCUUCCCCCAAUCCCUGACAGACAGAGCCCAAGGAACAACCCCUGCCCCUCCCCCAGGACGCACUGAGCCCCCACACGGUCACCCAAGCACCGAGACUGCCACCCGCGUGCCUGGGUACGGUCCUCACCCCAACAAUAAACGCCCUGGCCCCCGAGGGCAGCCCC